ACUACUGGCAGAGACAAUUGGACAACCGAAACCGAAUUCAUCGGAUUGGAAUCGUGCUUUACCUACGGCAGACGCCGGACUCCAGAGCGGCAAGUUUUGUGUGUGCGUUCGAUUAUUAUUAAUAAAUCGUCACCACGUCUUUCCAAUUCGCACCUUUUGGGUACGUAUCUCACACGUGAGCUGCAGAAGUGUACUGAUUUCGCGCACGUGCCGAGAAUACUUCGAUAUUUACGUGCGAACGUCGUACGCGGGCGGUUACUUAGGUUAUCCGGGCGCGUCAUAUUGAUUUCUGUUCUGCUCCGUUUACGGAAUUUCUCAGAUAUUAUUUCAGACGAAUACUUAAGUACCAGGAGGCUCGCUGCGUGUCAGAUACAAACAAUAUGGUACGUGGUCGUGGAGGGAUGAUCAGAGGUGGUCGAGGUGGUAUGGGACGUGGAAUGGGUUUUCCACGAAAGCAAUUUCUGCCACGGCAUCCGUUCGAUUAUACGCUAUGCGAGGCUGCUUUCCCACGUGUUAAACCAGCUCCAGAUGAAUCAGACUUCCAGUCAGCUCUCGUGAAGAAGAACGCUGAUAUGUGUCCCACGCCAAAGGAGCAGACUUCUAUCUUAAACCUUGUCACUAAGCUGCAGACCGUCCUUGAUAAUCUGAUUGUUGCGCCAGGAACCUUUGAAGCUUGCCAAUUGGAAGAAGUAAGACAAGUCGGCAGUUUUAAGAAAGGUACGAUGAUAAAAGGCCACAAUGUCGCUGACAUCGUUGUUAUCCUUAAAACUUUGCCGACGAAAACGGCGGUAGAGGCACUCGGGAACAAAGUCAAUAACGACUUGAAGGCCGUGAACCCGAAGGAGAUCUUCAGAGUUAUACAAACGGAGCGCGGAUUCGAUAUUGCGAACAAUGAGGCCACUGUGCGUAUAUUGAUAACCACGUUGCAUCAAAAUCUACGCAAGCUGGAAUCGGAGCAACACCUGGACGUCAAAAUUUGUCAAGGACAUCUCGCCGCCAUCAGACAUUCUCGUUGGUUCGAAGAAAACGCUCAUCACUCUAGUAUUAAGGUUCUCAUUCGACUACUUCGUGAUCUUAGAAGCAAAUUUGAAGGCCUAGAGCCAUUAUCCCCCUGGAUGCUGGAUCUGUUGGCACAUAAUGCAAUAAUGAACAAUCCCAGCAGACAAGCGUUACCGAUAAACCAGGCGUACAAGAGAGUGCUGCAGUUGCUUGCUUCCGGACUGUUUCUCCCAGGAUCAGCAGGUAUCUCUGACCCGUGCGAAGGUGGCAACAUACGCGUUCAUACGGCACUGACACUCGAGCAACAAGAUCUCGUGUGUCUCACUGCCCAAACGUUGCUGCGCGUGCUGGCUCAUGGUGGCUACAGACCGUUGUUGGAGGGCUCCAACAAACUCGCGGUGGAGAUGAGCGUGUGGGCGGGAGGCGUAGUGGCAAGCCCGUUGGAGAAGGCGUACGAGCCGCCGACGGAACAGGAGCAGCAGGAGGACAUGGACGAGAGCAACGAGGAGAUGAUCACCGAGAGUGUUUAGGAAACUAAAUUAGGAACAUUUUCUGAGUUCCCUCUUUUGUACGAAAUGCUCCUUUCGGCGUUUCUUAUAAAACGUGCCGUAUUUAUAACACUUGCACACAUACAUUUCAAUGAUAAAACGUAUUCCGUUGGCGAUCGGAAAUUAUGACUUUUAUAUGGUGUUGAUAUUGUGUGAUUCGCACCAUAGACAAUUUGACGAUGGAAGUAUGCCCCCGUAAUGUGAGAUUUGACUUAAAAUAAAAUAUAAAUUAAUGUGCACUCUA